CACACACACAACCCCAUGCGCACACACUCUCUUGCACACACAUCACCACCCGCCCUCCGGACCCUCUCCCUUGUGAGGAAUGGGGGAGCAGAGCAAGGGACUGCAGGCAUAAAAUCGGAGGGAUUUGGGAGCGCAUGAAAUCACACCAGCGCAAGCAGCCCCCGUUACGUAAGAGCCCAGCCUGCCCUGCCUGUGUUCUGUCUGGGCUGCAGGAGACAUCAGCAGUGAGACGCGGGAGAAGCGCAGGCAGUGCUGGAGACGCAGGAGACACACGGGCAGCGAGACGCAAGAGACGCACGGGCAGCGAGACGCACGGGAAGCGAGACGCACGGGCAGCGAGACGCACGGGCAGCGAGACGCAGGAGACGCACACGCAGUGCUGGAGUUCCAGACACAGGAACACACCCUCCACACAGCAGCCCACAGCAUGACGAGCUACCGUUCUCCAGGGCUGUGGGCGCACAGCUGGACCUCCUUGUGAACACCAGGGACUUCAGCCUUUAAGAACCAAAAGGAACAGUGCGUGACCUCAUCUCACGGCACCUACCUGGACGAUAACGGAACAAUGCUCAGACACACAUAGACAGACUGCUGGAACUGCGAGAGAAGACGACCGCCAUUUGAGGCUUGGUGAGGCAUCCCCUCAGGACCUGUGGGGAUGAGAUCAGCAUGGCCGUGGGUUUUGGCCGUGUGGGGGCUAAGUGCGGGGGCUCCCCCUGCCCACAGCACGUCAGUGAACCCCAUUUUGCUCAUGACCACCUUAACUCCGCCCACAGAGGAGCAAGCCAUGCCCACUGAGCUGCCUAGCAGCAAUGAGACAGAAAGAACCAAGCAUUUUGACAGCUUGAGCUGUGUGUCUCUGCUUCCCCCACGGAGAGGAUCGUACUAUGUGGAGCAGGGUACAGGGGUGUCUUUAGGCUCCAUCCUGGUGUUCUGGUGUAGGGAGGGCUACCAGCUGGUGGGCAGUGAGAAGAUCGCCUGCGUCCUGCAUGCCGGUGUGCCGCGAUGGAGCAACUACCUACCCGUCUGUGAGAGUAUCCCAAAGCCAGACGCCCAGGGUCUGCGCAUGGCCCUGCUGGUGUCCCUAAUCAGUGGAAUGGUCAUCCUAGUCAUGGCUGUGUCCUUCACCGUGUGCUGCAUCCAGGAGCAUCUCAGCAAGCAAAAGCAGAAACAUCGGACGGGCAGGAGCAGGAGAAGGGAAAAGCACCGUUCUGGGUCUCGGAGGAGUCCAUCCUGGUUAGUGAGAGAAGAACUGGACUGGGAAGCUUUCCCACCCCCCAAAAUCUUCAACCUAUCCCAGCGCUUUGAGCGGCCUGCCCCCCACGGGAGCCCGCUCUACUCUGGAGUCAUCAGAGGCUGUGAAAACCGAGGGAGUCAGGAGAGCCUUCUGAGGAGCACUCACCCUGGUGUUUAUCAUGCUGACAGCCAGCUCUAUCCCAACCUCGUGCUCCAGAGGGUCCAGACAGCACCGAACCUCCAGGGCAGUCCUCCUACACCAGUGUACUUGCACAUCUCUAGUCCUUCCAGCACCAAAGCUCCACCCCAUCCAUCAGUCCCUCUCCCAUAGGCUGACAAUGAUGACAUCAUGAAUAAAUCUUCCCAAGGACAGCCCAUGCUGGAUGUGGCCAUGGAAACGGUGUUUAUUUCUUCACAAAAGCAAUGGAGACAUUUUCCUGCCCAACUAGGCAUGGAAAUUGAAAUGUCAUUGUGACCAGGAGAAGCACUUUGUGGUUUUGGUUUUACAGUACAACUGAUUCAAAUUCUUUACUAUUGAAAUUAGUUACAAUUCCAAAUAAAUACUGUACAUAUACACCAUUUAUGGGGGGCACCUGCUUAAUGUUUGUUUGUUUCUUGAUUAAAUAUUUAAAUGCAGACAGCCAGGUCUGAUUGAAUGUUUAAAUGCAAUAUAUUUUAGCUAUAAACUGAGUACAUUAAAAUACAGCAAAACUGUAAAUACAUUUGAGGAUAUAGACAUUUCAGGAUUUACAUUCUUAGUCUCAAAAGUGGUGGGACAUGGAAUUAAUUUUUCAAGAUUCACUCAUUAUAACAGAUAAAGGUGUUUGUUGAGACCACAAUUUUGUUAUGUAAAUCUUAUCCAUAAGAAAAUAAGCUUUGUAUUUUUUUGUGCUUUUUAAUAAAGUGAUAUUGUUGUUCA